AGCAAGAGAGUGUGUGUUAGGUGUGUACAUCUGCAUGCCUGACAUUUUAAUUACACAUGUUGUAACGGGUAAGACCGGUUGAACAUUACCUGACAUGCAACAUGACUUUCAAAAACAAAAAGAAAAGAGCAAAGGUGGCUCCGCUCUCUCUACAAAAUCAUCCUCAAUGGGUAGCAGCACCUUUUGCAGGAGGAACAGAGGACAGAGAGGCAGCAGGUCAAGGAAAGAAAGAUACCAUGGCAGCGGCUUCAGAUCAGAAUGUGGAGUUUGUGCGAACAGGCUACGGCAAAAACACAGUGAAGGUGCUGGUGAUCAGGAGACAGGGCAGCCAUCACUACAUCAUCGAGCUGAAAGCUGAUGUGGAGCUCACUCUCAAAUCCCGCAAGGAUUAUCUAACUGGAGACAACUCAGACAUCAUCCCCACCGACACCAUCAAAAACACCGUCCAUGCCCUGGCCAAGCUCAAGGAGGUAAGGACCAUUGAGCAGUUCUCCUUGGAUAUCUGUCAUCAUUUCCUGACCGCUUUCAACCAUGUGCUGAAGGCCAAAGUUCACAUGGAGGAGGCUCCAUGGAGAAGGUUGGAGAAGAAUGGCGUAGAGCAUGCUCAUGCCUUUAUCAUUUGCCCUGAAUCUUUGCGCUUCUGUGAUGCUGAACAGAAUCUCAAUGGCAUCCCGGUGGUUCACAGCGGGGUGAAGAACAUGACGCUGCUGAAAACCACCCAGUCUGGUUUUGAGGGUUUCCACAAAGACCGCUUCACCACUCUGCAAGAGACCAAGGACAGGUGUUUCUGCACCUCUGUCUUUGCUAGGUGGCGCUACAGCAAGAGUCAAGAUAUCGACUUUGAUGCUGCAUGGAAGUGUGUGAAGGAGACGAUAAUUGAGAAGUUUGCUGGUCCUUAUGAUCUCGGAGAGUUCUCACCCUCUGUGCAGAAGACCCUUUAUGAAACACAGGUUCUGGUCCUGGAUCGAAUUCCUGAGGUUGAUGAAAUAGAGAUGGUCAUGCCCAACCAGCAUUACAUCACCAUAGACAUGACAAAAAUGGGGAUCAACAACAAAGAUGAAGUUCUUCUUGCCUUGGAUAACCCUUCAGGCAGCAUCACAGGGACGGUGCGCAGGAAACAGCAAGCCAAGCUGUGAAGGCAACUACAUAAACCAGGAAAUGCUACUGCUCUGAUCUAUCAACCAAGAGCUACGUUAUGAAAUAAUAAUAAUAAUAAUAAUAAUAAUAAUAAUAAAGUUCUGAGAACUAAAUAUUAACUUUAAAAUAUUUUCCGACUACAACUGAAGAUAUCCAAACAUGAUUCUGGCUUCUGCUGAAAGUAAAUGAAAUAAAUGACUCUACUAUUAUUGUC